AUGGCCCAACGCCCGCCCAACCCGUGGAACCGGCAAUUCGAUUUCAAGCUCGACGCGCUGGACGACUACUUUGCUGCGAACAAGAAGACCAAGCCGUCACAGACCGUCGUGCCCGAGUGCGCCGAGGUCCAAGUGCCGCUGUGCCACACGGGCCUCUGCACGUCGCCCAAGCUCAUCGAGUCGUUCGUCAAGCGCAUUCCGGCCUCGAGCAGCCUGCGCGGCAAGAAGGCUCUCCUUCUCUUGCAGGGCGGGCCUGGCGCAUCGUCCGUCAACAUGGAAGGACUCAUGGCCAACCUCUACUCUCUGCUGGACGGACAGUUUAGCAUCUACACGCUCGACCACCGAGGCACGGGCCGGUCCUCCCUCCUCGACUGCGAGGCGUCGCAAGCGACCGCCGCUGGUAGCCCGAGCGGCGCCACCGUCACGAUCGACGAGCUGCCCUCGUGCCUCUCCGAUCUUAACUAUCAGUUCGGCCUCGAUGCGAGCGCCUACUCCGUCUCGAGCGCGGCUGCCGACUUGAACUACAUCCUCACGAUGGACCCGGAUCUGUCGACCUCGGAUGUCUUCGUCUACGGCGUGAGCUACGGCACGUACCUCGUCGAGCGGCUCAUGCACUUUGCGCCGCCCAACGUGCGCGGGUACCUCCUCGACAGCGUCCAGGCAGAGACCUUUCCGUCGUCCGACGCGAACCUCGCGGGCUACUACUCCAACUGGGACCGGGACUAUGGCCAAGUCGCAACGCGCUUCUUCAGUCUCUGCGACGCCGACGCGUUCUGCGCCUCGCAGAUUGGCCCGUCGUCCCAAGCCAAGCUCAUGGCGCUCUACGAAGCCCUCGAUAAGAACGCAUCGGCGUGCGCGACGCUCCUUUCGAGCUCCGAGCCGCCGUCCUGGACGCUGCGCAAGAUCUUUGCCGGGCUCUUCAUGGACAUGAACAACCGGGCGCUGAUUCCCGCGAUCAUCAAGCGCCUUGGUCGCUGCAACGCCGAAGACGUCCAAGUGCUCUCCGCCGCGCUCUCGGUCACGGCAACUUCGCCGUCCACAGUGAGCUACGUGCGCGGCAGCGACCUGCUCUACAACACGAUCGUUUUCUCCGAGAUCUGGGAGCCGCAGACCGAGGCGUACCUUAAGGAACUCUUCGCGGCCGAGCCCAUUGCGAGUGGCUUGUACGACGGCAUUACGCCGCAGUACUGCCUCGUCAUCGGCAGCGCGACGGGUCCGAUUUGCGCCGGGCAGGCCAAGGCCAAGACAAGAGGCUUCAAGUAUACGCCGAUCAAAGGCAUUUGGAACACGACGGCCGCGAUCCCAGCGAACGCGAGCGUCCUCAUCCUCUCAGGCGGCCUCGACCCGCAGACGCCCGCCAAGUACGCAACGCUCCAGUUCGAGAGCAUGCGUGGCGACCAGAAAAAGCUCGUGCACUUCCCGUUUGCGGCCCACGGCGUUAUUAACACGACGCCGAUGACGUCCAAUGGAUCGCUGCCCUGCGGCUACAGUGUCAUUGCGUCCUUCCUGCAAGAGGACGGCGACGUGCGCGCGAUGGACGUCUCGUGCGUGGACGGCGUCGCGCCCAUGACGUUCCGCGUCCCGACAGACGUCGCGCAGUCGACACUCCUCACGAGCGAUGCGUUUGACGGCGCGUACGACCCGUCGCUCGCCGUCGCCGGCAAGAAGGCGAGCGCGGUGACCGCCCUCAUGAACCAGAGCCAAGUGCCUCUGAUCGUCGUGUCAGCGCUCUUUGGCCUCUCGAUGCUCGUCAUCCUCGCCCUCGGGCUCGCGCUCCGAAGGCAGCAGGCGCGGCUCCAGAAAGGUCCGUCGUACGAAGCCGACACAGCGCCAUGA